UAGCUUUGUUAUAAAACCGAUAAGGGAGCCUGGCAGCCUGGGUUUUAUCCAAGAGAUGAGAGUUUGAACUUUGAACAAUCUUGUGCUACAUGAACAUAUGUAGCAACAACCCUUAUUCCGAACAGUCUCGCGACACCCUUAGCUGUGUCGCAUUUCUGUUCACCAUGGGAAAGCGCAAGAAGAGUUCGCGAAAGCCUCAGGGCAAAAAGAAGAACGAUCCCCUGCCUACCAUCUUCACAUGCUUAUUCUGUAACCACGAACGGUCUGUCACAGUCGAAAUGAACAAGAAGUCCGGCGUCGGUGAAUUGGAAUGCAAAGUUUGUGGCCAGAGGUUCCAAUGCGGUAUCAACUAUCUUUCAGCACCUGUCGAUGUCUACAGCGAAUGGAUUGAUGCAGCAGAUGCUGUUGCGAAAGACGAUAAUGCUGCUGCUGCCUCAGGCUCAGGCUCAGGCUCAGGUUAUCGAGUAGCCUCAAAACAGUCAGCAGCUGGUCGCUAUGACGACGACGAAGACGACCGCAGAUACGAGGGAGAAGGUAUUGUGGGAGACGACGAGGAGUUUUAAGCAGUUAUGAUAUGAUACCUCUCAUGGUGCAUCCGGGUUUGCUUUAUCAGAUCGACGAUAUAAAAAUAAAGGGGCAGUGGCAAUGACUGCAUCAUAUGGCAUGCUGUUACUACCUCCAAUACCCUAUCUGUCUAUGCGUUUAUUCUCCAUAGA